AUGUUCAUACCAUUUCUCUUUUGUUUUAAUCUCUUAUGUUUAGCAACUGAUGUUCCAAUUAACACUUUUUAUAGAGCAGAGUACAGUGGAAAUGAAUUAGUAUUAACUUUCUCAUUUCCGUCAGGUUCAAAUAAUUAUUUUUACAUGAACAGAUGUGAUUCUGGCGUUGAAAUUCAAGGAACCUUCUCAGAUGGGUCUUUGUUAAAUGGAAAUAUCCCUAGUGGUACGGAAGUAAUUAACAAAAUAUCUCAAGACGCUACUAGUCUAACAGUCAAAUUCACAGGAUGUUCUAAUGACCCUAAAGGACAAGCUAAAUGUUCAUGUGUAAUACAAGUUUCUAAUGUAAAAAAAGAGUCUAUAAAUGGAAAAGUGGUAACUGAAGUUGCACAAAAGCCAAUUACUAAAAAAGAUUCUACUUCUUCGGAUGAAGAAGGAAAAACAGUUCUUUUUAUGUGGGACUUAUUAAAAGGAUUAGAUAAUACUACUGUCAUUGCACCCUCAGUUUCCGACUAUAAAUUUAAAACACUCGCAUAUGUAGAUAAUCCUUCUGCAGGGGGAUUAUGUUUAUUAUAUGAUAUUUCAGAUGUAACUGUUGAUGCUGAAGUCUAUACUGAUGAAAAAUUACAAUUAGGAAUGGGUAAAUUUAAUCCACAAUCAAAACAAUUAUUAUACAUCGUUGCUGAGCCAGCUGGAUAUUAUCCUUAUUAUUAUAAUCCAAUCACUGUUGAAGCUGGAGUGUCAGGGAUAUUUAUUACAUUGUUUGUUUUCAUGAUUGCAUUCUUGAUCUAA